AUCUAGAAGCAGAUUGGUGCCUCACAGCCCCGUCACCCCAUCAUAGGCACUUCCUCUUAACCAUGGGAGGAGGCAGGCUUUCCUCUCUAUAGAACAGAAGUCCAUUCUCCCCAGGAUGCACAUUUGCACAGAGAGAGUCCCAGGCCUCUACAAUGUUGGGCCCCACCUCCGGGCCCCAACUGCCUCCUUACCUGCUGCUGGCUGUGCUGAUGGGACUCACAGGUGUGGCAGGUGUGGCAGAGCUACAGGUGAUCCAGCCUGAGAAGUUGGUGGCCUUGGAAGCCGGAGAGACUGUCACUCUGCGCUGCAUCAUAACCUCCCUGCUCCCCAUUGAGAUGGUUGAGUGGUUCAGGGGGACAGGGCCAGACCGGAAGUUAAUCUUCAGUUUCAGAGCAGGAUACCACCCACCGUCUCGAGUAAGAAAUGUUGCAGACAUCACAAGGAGAAACAACAUGGACUUUUCCAUCCGCAUCAGCAACAUCACCCCAGCAGACAUGGGAACCUACUUCUGUGUGAAGUUCCUGAAAGGGACCCCUCGUGUGCAGCUUAAGUCUGGAUCAGGCACCCAGGUCAUCAUGAGUGCCAAACCCUCUCCCCCCGUGGUGUCGGGCCCCACGGCCAGGGUCGCGCCCCAGCAGCCAGUGAACUUCACCUGCGAGUCCCACGGCUUCUCCCCCAGAAGCGUCACCCUGAAAUGGUUCAAAAACGGGAACGAGCUGCCAGCCUCCCGGACCACCGUGGACCCAGAGGGAGACAGCGCUUCCUACAGCGUCUCCAGCAGCGCCACGCUGGUGCUGGCCCCGGGGGACGUCCGCUCCCAGCUCAUCUGCGAGGUGGCCCACGAGACGCUGCAGGGGGGCCCUCCCCUUCGUGGGACGGCCAACCUGUCCGACACCCUGCGAGUUCCAUCCUCCUUGGAAUUUGCCCAGCAACCUGUGACAGAGGACCAGGUGAAGGUCACUUGCCAAGCAAAAAAGUUCUACCCUCAGCGCCUCCAGGUGACCUGGUUGGAGAACGGAAACGUAUGCAAAACAGAGACAGCCUUGAGCCUCAUAGAGAGCAAGGAUGGGACCUAUAGCUGGACGAGCUGGCUCCUGGUGAACGUAUCUGCCCACACAGAGGAGGUGGUGCUCACCUGCCAGGUGCAGCACGAUGGGCAGCGGGCAGUCACCAAAAGCCGUAAACUCAAGACCUCUGGCCGCACAAAAGACCAGUGCACAGAUGGAAACUCUGGUCAAGAACUGUCCACUCCACUCCUGGUGGCUCUCUGCCUGGGCCCCAAGCUGCUGCUCCUCAUCAGUGCCUCUGUCAUCUAUGUCCACAGGAAGCAAGGGAUUGACUGUGUUAUGUUAUGGAUGAGGAGGGCAUGGCAAGGUGUCCUGGGAAGAAAACAGCACCGAGGACAUAGGAGACACAUGGAGAACAUUUCUGGAAUGCUCAUCCCCAAAUUGAAUUGUUUCCCUAAAACUUAAGAUCAGCUGACAUGAUAAAUGGAGACAGAGCUCAGAGGACCAAAGCAAUGACAGUGCAGCUGAAACCAUGGGAAGGAGCUCAAUAAUCAGUGGGAAGAAUAACAAUUUUCUGUGUCCCUAAAAAACUUUUUUCAACACAUUGGAAACCCUCCCGCUGUCAGUUACAAAUAUAUAGGGACAUGAAAAAACAGUAAAACUAUUAUUCAUUUGGUA